GGUGGUGGCCGACAUGCGGGAGAAGCGCUACGUGCAGGAGGGCAUCGGCAGCAGUUACCUCUUCCGCGUGGACCACGACACCAUCAUCGACGCCACCAAGUGCGGCAACUUGGCCCGGUUCAUCAACCACUGCUGCACGCCCAACUGCUACGCCAAGGUCAUCACCAUCGAGGCGCAGAAGAAGAUCGUCAUCUACUCCAAGCAGCCCAUCGGGGUCAACGAGGAGAUCACCUACGACUACAAGUUCCCCAUCGAGGACACCAAGAUCCCCUGUCUCUGCCGCACCGAGAGCUGCCGCGGCACCCUCAACUAGCCACCCGCCCCGCCCCGCCGGCCACCGGGGCCGAGGGACGCUCGCCCCGCCCUCUUGGAGGCCACCAGGGUUGGUUUGAGGCCACCAGAGUUGACUUGAGGCCACCAGGAUUGAUGUAGAGGGCACCAUCGUUGACAUGUGGCCACCAGGGUUGACAUAGAGGCCACCAGGGUUGAGAUGUGGCCACCAGCAUCGUUGACGUGUGGCCACCAGGGUUGGUUUGAGGCCACCAGGGUUGACUUGAGGCCACCAGGAUUGGUUUGAGGACACCAGGGUUGAGAUGUGGCCACCAGCGUCGUUGACUUGUGGCCACCAGGGUUGGAGGGAGGGCACCAUGAUUGACGUGUGGUCACCAGGGUUGACUUGUGGCCACCAGAGUUGGUUUGAGGCCACCAGGGUUGAUGUAGAGGCCUCCAGGGUUGAGUUGAGGCCACCAUCGUUGAGAUGUGGCCACCAGCAUCGUUGACUUGUGGCCACCAGGGUUGACUUAGAGGCCACCAGGGUUGACUUGAGGACACCAGGGUUGACUUGUGGCCACCAGGGUUGACUUGAGGUCACCAGGGUUGACGUAGAGGCCACCAGGGUUGACAUAGAGGCCAUCAUGGUUGAGAUGUGACCACCAGGGUUGACGUAGAGGCCACCAUGAUUGACUUGUGGCCACCAGAGUUGGUUUGAGGCCACCAGGGUUGAUGUAGAGGCCACCACGCUUGGUUUGAGACCAUCGUAGUUGAGAUGUGGCCACCAGCAUCGUUGACUUGAGGCCACCACGCUUGGUUUGAGGCCACCAGAGUUGACUUGUGGCCACCAGAGUUGGUUUGAGGCCACCAGGGUUGACUUGAGGCCACCGUAGUUGAGAUGUGGCCACCAGCAUUGUUGACGUGUGGCCACCAGAGUUGACUUGUGGCCACCAACGUUGGUUUGAGACCAUCGUAGUUGAGAUGUGGUCACCAGCAUCGUUGAUGUGUGGCCACCAGGGUUGACAUAGAGGCCAUCAUGGUUGAUGUGUGGCCACCAGGGUUGAGUUGAGGCCACCAGGGUUGGGGGGAGGGCACCUCAGGGUGGCGUGAGGUCCCCCAUGACAUCACCAGGGUCCACCCUGACGUCACCAGGGUCCGGUGUGACAUCAUCAUGUCCACCGUGAUGUCACCAAGGUCUACUUUGAUGUCAUCACGUCCGCUGUGACAUCACCAGGGCCUGCCCUGACAUCACCAAGGUCCUCUGUGACGUCAUCACGUCCACCGUGACGUCACCAACGUCUGCUCUGACGUCAUCAUGUCCGCCGUGAUGUCACCAGGCUCCCCUGUGACAUCAUCACAUGCUCCAUGACAUCACCAGGGUCAUCAUGAUGUCACCAGGGUCCUCUAUGAGGUCACCAAGGUCCU